CCAUCCGUCUGUGUGUGUCUGUGGGAUGGGGCACCACAGCUCUCAGUGCAGCGCCUCGCCGCCCUCAGUAUAUGAACUUCCUACAUCCACAGAAAUCUCCCCUCUUUUAGUUCGCAGCCGUUUCCCUUCAUGCCAUCCCGCAGGCCGUGCAGCAGAGCCCGUCCUGUUCCUUCUUACACCGCUGCCGGGCUGCCCGUGUCCCAGUGCCGCCAUGCUUUCCUCCGGUGUGCGCGCGGCGCGGUGUCCCCGGGCGGUUUGCGCCGUUCGUCUCUCACGUCUCGGCGGCUCUGCACCUUUGUGCCCCGCCGCCAUCUUCCUGCGGGCGGUGCUCGCUGACCGCUUUCACAAGGAUCUCUGUGGGCCAGAAAUGACACGGGAGGAGCUCUUUGGCUCACCAAGGCCCGGUUUUUGCCUGAUUUUGUGCGAGUUUUUCCUCAUCUUUCCUUUUUUUUUUUUUUUAACCCCUUCGGGCCGAGUGGGGGUGAGGGAGGCGCGCUUCUGAGGCAGGACUACAUUUCCCAGCGUGCACCGGCGAGGCGGGCUACGCGUUCUCUUGCGGUUGCACGCCGGGAAAUGCAGUUCCGCAGCCAGGUCAGUGGGGUAACCUCUUCCUAUUGGACAGAGCCUGCCAAUCAAUGACGAGUUGGCUCCUCCCUCCUCUCCGAUUGGUCAGAGGAGGGGAGAGCUGAAGAGAAAAGCCCUCCCCCUCCCCGCGCCGCUCCGAGGCGGCUUCUGAUUGGCGGAGAGGCGGUUUGGCGCCAGCGACGGGUGGCGGCCGGGGUCAAAGCGGCGCGGGCGGCGCUGACAGGAGGACGGCGGCGCUCGGUUCGCUUCGGCGCAGCUCGGCCCCAUGGAUCCCGCACCGGCCGCCUCCCGCCGCCGCCUCCCGCACCUCUCUCCGGCUUCCCCCGCCGCCGUGGUCAAGUCUCUGUUUCCCGCCGAGCUCUCGCCGGUCUCGGAUCUUCGCCUCACCAUGGAGCAGCUGGGACACGGUCAGCGUGAAAAUACUGAACAAGACCUGGGAAACAAGAGUGGCAAUGGUUUGCAAAGAACUGUGUCCUCAGAAUCAACAGAUUCAGGUUGUGCCUUGGAUUCUCCUGGCACUCCGACCCCCAGCGACAUCAGAGAGGAAACAUUUGAGAAGGCAAUUCUUGCAUCUAGCAGACUGAACCUUCGACUGCCUCUCAGAAGAAUACAUUCGCUGCCGCAAAGACUCCUGGGCUCCAGUCCUGCUCUGAAGAGAAGCCAUUCGGAUUCCAUGGAUUGUAAUGCUUUUCAGCUCCUAGAACAGAAUGAGAAUAAGGAGAAUGAAUCAUUUGAGUUUAAGAAGCCAGCCAAGCCAGCUUCUCGGAGUUCUGUACACAUCCACUCCCACGAUGGGAAAAGUGUUCUUGGCCAAAGGCAGAACUCAGCCCUGGCUCAGGGAUUUCCCACUCAAGAAAUGUCCACUGGUGAACUAGAAAACUACAGGCCAGCUUUCCUGCAGCAGCCUUCUCUGACUUCCUCUGAAAGCGAAGAUGAUGAUGGAUUCCUGGAGCUCUUAGACGAGCAAGAUCUGAAAAAUGAUGAGGAGAUGCCAUCUGACGUGGCGAGCCUCUGGACUGCGCCGCUGGUCAGCAGGAGGCCGGACAGUCGGGCCAGGCGAUGCCGCCUCUUUGGCUCUUCGUCUCUGCCCAGCGUUGUAGGCAGAACCACCCAGAAAAGAAUGGAGAGGUCCCAAGAGGAGAGUUCUCCAGGGAAAAGCAAGAAGAGGAAAAGCCUGCCUGGAGCACAGUCUGAAGACUCAGCGAGCACAAAAAUAGUAAAGACACAAUCCUCUGCAGCAGAAAUCGAGAGCAUUUUGGCCAGUGACCAGAGGGACCUUAUUGGUGACUUCUCAAAGGGUUAUUUGUUCCACACUGUUGACGGGAAGCAUCAAGAUUUAAAAUACAUUGACUCAGAAAUGAUUGUGUCUGUCCUGACUGGGAAGUUUGCAAGCUUCAUUAAGCAGUGUGUGAUCAUCGACUGCCGCUAUCCGUACGAGUACGAAGGAGGACACAUCAAGGGUGCUGUAAACCUCCACAUGGAGGAGGAUGUGGAAGAUUUCCUGCUUAAGAACCCCAUCCCUCCCUCAAAGAACAAACGGGUGAUCGUCGUCUUCCACUGCGAGUUCUCCUCGGAGCGGGGGCCCAGGAUGUGCCGCUUUGUGAGGGAGCGGGACAGGCUGGGGAAUGAGUAUCCCAACCUGCAUUACCCAGAGCUGUAUGUCCUCAAGGGGGGGUACAGGGACUUCUUCCUGCGGUGCCGGAGUUUCUGUGAGCCCCAGAGCUACCGGCCCAUGCACCACGAGGACUUUAAAGAAGACUUGAAAAGAUUUCGCACCAAGAGCCGAACCUGGGCCGGCGAGAGGAGCAAACGGGAGCUGUACAGUCGCUUGAAGAAACUCUGAGGGCCAAAAAAGUGAACAAAGACUGCACCCCAUGGCGGGGGGGAAAGCUGCAGCCUGCUCCUGCUGGUGGUUAUCUGGUGUUUGCUCUCCUCAACUCUUGUCCUAUUGGGAAUGCUGCGGUCACCACUGGAACUGAGCAACCUGGGUGCUGGCUGGGAGCUGGCUUUGGGGCAGGGUGCUGCUCCGUGGGAACGACUUUGCACAUCACCACAUCCCCCAACUCGUGGAGGAGGCUGCGGUGCCGUGUGUGUGGGGCAUGGCUGGUGUGAGCAGUGAGGGUCUUUUAGUGCUGGUAGCUUUUAAAUGCCUUGUUUUAAUUUAAAUACAGUCCACCGAAGCUUAACGGUGCUGCAGUUGAAUCAUCUGGGUUGUGCUGGAGGUUUGGUUCUGCUGUGGGGGGUGGGGGUGGGGUUCAUUCUUUCUCUCAGCUUUGAUUGUUUUGGUGAGGUGAGGAACUGGGGCUUUCUUUACAGGUGGGUCUUCCAUGUGGCUGAGCUCCCACAUGGUGCUGUAGGAGCCCUCCAGACAAAACCCUGUGGGAAAUGGUGUCUUUUGUGUCGAUAUCAUGUUCUCCUCGUUUACUGAAUUGCUUUAUUUCAUAACAAUUUGAAUGUAGCUGCUGCUCUGAGGACGGUGGUGCUUCAGAGUGGGCAGUUUCUGGGACCUGAUGUUGGUUCUGAUGGGAUGGCGUGGGGCGGCUCAGGAGGGCUGGGGGCCCAUGCUGUGUUCCUGUGGCUGCUGGGCUUUUUGUUGUGAGAUCUCUGAAGGAAGCCCAUGGAUCCAUCAGUGUGCCUCUGCGCUGCUCUGCAGCCGCCCCUGCUGCAUUUGCCUUCAGCCGCCUCUCAAGCAGCGAAGCCUCUCCUGCUGGGAAAUGGGAAUCCUUCUGCAGGGAAGAGGAGUUCUGCAGCCAGCACUGCCUGUAGCAGGGCGCUCCAUCACCCACCUGGAACAGGACUCACAGUUCCACAGAGCAGCAGGGCCAGUGCUAAAGCUAAAAAUGGUGCUGCUGCUGCUGCUUGUGUCACGUAGGACCCCAAACAACCUCAGUGACAGCAGGGCAGGGCUGCUGCUUUGCUAUGGCACUGCUGUGCUGCGUGGAGCUCAUCCUUUGUGCCCACAUAGUGCUGCUGGAGCGUGGCCUGGCAGCUGUGCUCCUCCCAUUGCAGACAUCUGCACAGCUCAGCCUGCUCUGCGGGAGCCCCUUUCCUGUGCCCUUCAGCAAAAAAAAAAAAAAAAAAAGGAAAUGGUGUCUUAGGUGGAAUUCUGACCUUAUUUUGUGGUUUGUUUUUUUUUAAAACUAUUUUUUAAGUUGCUGUUCAUCCCUGGAGAACAGAGAGGGCAGAUUGAACUCUUAACUUUCUCAUUUUAAAAUAAAAACACCACCAACUCAGCUUUGAGAAGGCAGCACCAUCAGCUGGGUUGUAUGGCAGCAGCCGGUGCUGUGGGAUUGCUGUGUGCUGGGCAACGUGGGUCCGACGUUACAGCUGUCAUAGCUGCUGUCUCAGUGCCACUGCAACCCAAUCGUCCCUUUGUGUGAACUUUUGCAAAAAGAAAAAGCAGCAGCUGGCAGCUGUGUUUGAGGGGCGAUGCUCUUUUCUGCCAUCACUUCUUGGCUGUUCUAUGGGCUAAAAGCGUUCUGCUUCUGUCGUGCCUGCAGUCGCGCUUUGUGUGAAUGUCUCUACCUCGGCUGCUGCCGAGCUGCCUGCCAUGCAGGAGCUCACUGUGGGGCGGUGUUGCUCCUCCCAUCCUCCUGCCCAGAUAGAAGUGUGGUCCUGCCUUUGUCCCCGCUGUGUUGUGUGUACUGGGAGUCCUGGGGCUGUGGAGGAGAAAGCUGUGUGUCCGGAUGGGCUCUGUGCUACGUCAGCCUGCAGCUGUAACAGACAUCUGCCGGUGCAGGGAAUAAAGUCCUUAAACUCUGA